AAAGCUCGCACAAAAAACUCAGCUAAAUAAACUGAUUCUCACUUCAAGUGCAACUUGUAAAGGAAUUCAAAAGGCAAAAACUCGUAGCGUGGUGUGGGUGUGUCGGUGUAACAAUUGGAAACAAAUCGACGAUUGGAUUAUAAUGUUUGCUGUGUAGAAUAGUUUACUAGACGCUUGCUUGGAACGAGCAUAGUUUAAAGUACUAUUAAAUCUCAGAAGUGAAUUGAAACAAUGCCCAACGCCAAGGAAACAACAACCAGUUCGGGCAACAACUCGAAAAAGCCGUUCAAAGUCAAGGACGUAACGCGAAACAUUAAGAAGGCCGUGUGCGCCGCCAGCCUGGAGGAGAUACGGGACAAGGUGGCGGAGAAGUUCGGCCAGUGUGACCACGUGCCCACCAUCCACCUGGACUCGGAUGGCACCGAGAUCGACGACGAGGAGUACUUUCGCACUCUCGACGAGAACACGGAGCUGGUGGCUGUCUUCCCCGGCGAACACUGGAUCGAUCCCACGCACUACGUGACCAUAACCACGCCGCAUGGCAGCGAGACCGUGACGGGCAAUGGCGACAGCUCUCCAGGAGGAGGAGUACUCGGUGGAAGCUGUGACGGUGGCGACACCACAGAUGCCAACAACUCGGAGUCGGCGGCACGCAUCCGGCAGCUGGUCGGACAGCUGCAGAACAAUCUCUGCAACGUUUCGGUGAUGAACGAUGCGGAUCUGGACUCGCUAUCCAACAUGGAUCCCAAUUCGUUGGUGGACAUCACCGGCAAAGAGUUUAUGGAGCAGCUUAAGGAUGCGGGCAGACCGCUGUGUGCCAAGCGCAAUGCCGAGGAUCGUCUCAAUUUGCUGAAGCUGCUCAAGGCCGGGGCCAUCUUCUGCUCGGAACGUUAUCCGGAAGAUGCCGAGGCCAUCGACCGCGAGAUCGGACGCCAGCUGAACGAGGCGGAGAGCGGACAGUUAACGGCCACGACGGCCAGCAACACGCGCACCAUCGAGGUGGUGCAGUGCGACAAUCAGAACACGACGAUAACCAUUACUGUGGGCGAGGCCAGCAGCACCUGCAUGGCCACUGCCUCGGUGGAGGCGGCGGCCAACGAGGCCAAUGCCAAUGCGAACGGGAAUGCCGGUGGCGACAUCUGACUGCCCAUUCUGGGCAGCCUCAGGUGAAAAUCUGUCGGUCGCGGAUUAGACUAGGAGAUGAGAAUCAGCGAAGGAAAUUAAGGAGCGCUUACGGAGACAUCAGUCCUGCAACAAUGGGUUAACAUACAUAUAAUAUACAGUUGUAGCUUGUAAUUAGGCGCUGCGGCAGCUGCAGAAACAAAUUUAAAUUGAAACGAAACGAAGACAAAAUCAAUCGAGAAAUCACAGAGAAAGCUUCAUAGGAUCUAAGAGCAAAUGAAAGUUAACGACAAAAUACACGUGUAUUAGUAUUAAACAGACAUACAUACAUACACAAAUACAUAUAUAAAGAAUAAGGAGGCGAUGCCACAUAGCUUUGAAGAGUCUUUUAGCAAUCAGGAGGUCAGUCAGGUCAGUGUCAGUGUCAUAAACCCCAUUAACCGCCAAACUAAUAAUAAUAAUCAAACCCAAAUGAAGUAGAAAAUUAGAUAUUACAAUGAGAUGAAUUCACAAGUCUAGAUAAAAACCCCAGAGAAGAGUGUUGUCGCUGUUGUUGUUGGUUGAUUUUCGGCCACUUUGGAGAUUUUGUUCGUGUCGUUAAUUAAUUGUAUUUAAUCGAGUUAUGCAAAAGGAGACAGAAGAGACGCACAUCAAAAAAUUGUUUUUACACCGAUGCCAUUGUGAAUGUCAUUCGUUAAAGGCCAAUUGAGACUGACUGUAUUUAUGUGUAUUAAUCGUAAUAGAUUUUUGUGGGCCGCAAUCUCGGCCCGGGUGAAGAUGGAUAGGCGGAUGUAUGGAUGGAAGGAUGGAAGGAGGCACCCCAAAGACAACCCAUGGUUCUAUUGUCGAGUGAAUUUAAGCAACGACAAACAUUAACAUUAGCAAUUUAAACAAUAAACAAUAAACGCGACAUUCAAUUGCACGACAAACAAACAAAACCAAAAAACAAACAAAUAACACCAAAUACAAAAUACAAAACCCAACCACGAAAACUGUCUACAAUUGGAAUAAGCAAUAAGGGAAGGAUCCGAAUGGAAACAAAACAAUUAUUAACUUUAGCAAAGUGAAACGAAUACUCGUACC